AUGGCGACCGGCAGCACCAUGCUUGGCUCCCCGACACCUCAGUUUGUGGGGGCAUUCGCGCUCAUGUCUCCGGUCCUCGCUGACCGCACACUGGAGAGCUGUGGAUCGCUCCAGUCUGCGUCCUCCAAUCCCACCGCGGACACACUCUCCCCGCCCGCCUCCGCCCGGAUCCCGUUGGCUGAUUCUCGGUGCGUCGUCGCGCUAUGGGCUUGGCCUCUCCACCAAACCAUUGAGCGGUGUUACGUGAGCUCCCCCUGGAUCAAAGGAAGAAGGAAGGCAGAGACAAAAGCGCGUCUUUGCUUCUCGGUGUCAUCUGUGAGCGAGAUGAACGGCACAGAGACCAGGAGGCGCGCACACCCCAGCACCAAUGGGAAAUCCUCGGGGACAGCGGAGGAGCCUGGGCAGUGGGGCCGUGCAUGGGAGGUGGACUGGUUCUCUUUGCUGGGGGUCAUCAGUCUGCUCUGCUUCGCCCCAUUCAUCGUCUUCUACUUUAUAAUGGCGUGCGACCAGUACCAGUGCUCUGUGAUGGAGCCCUUUCUGGACCUGGUGAGCGGAGAGGCCACGCUGGGAUCCGUCUUUGAGCGCUCGGCCUCCUUCACCUGGUCCGCAGCCAAAAUAUACGCCAUCUGGGUGUCUUUCCAGGUGUUCUUGUAUAUGUGUAUCCCAGAUGUUCUCCAUAUGGUCAUUCCUGGGUAUGUUGGAGGGGUCCAGGACGGAGCUCGGACACCUGCAGGCCUCAUAAACAAGUAUGAGAUAAACGGCCUGCAGUGCUGGCUCAUCACUCACGUCCUGUGGGUUGCCAACGCACACUACUUCCACUGGUUUUCUCCCACCAUCAUCAUCGACAACUGGAUCCCCCUGCUGUGGUGCACCAACAUACUGGGCUACGCCGUGUCCACCUUCGCUUUCAUCAAGGCCUACCUGUUCCCCACCAAUGCAGAGGACUGCAAGUUUACAGGGAAUGUUUUCUACAACUACAUGAUGGGUAUUGAGUUUAACCCUCGCAUUGGGAAGUGGUUUGACUUCAAGCUGUUUUUCAACGGCCGACCGGGAAUCGUGGCCUGGACUCUCAUAAACCUGUCGUACAUGGCCAAGCAGCAGGAGCUCUACGGACACGUCACAAACUCCAUGAUCCUGGUCAAUGUUUUACAGGCGAUUUAUGUGUUGGAUUUCUUCUGGAACGAGGCGUGGUACUUGAAGACCAUCGAUAUCUGCCACGAUCACUUUGGAUGGUAUCUGGGAUGGGGCGACUGUGUCUGGCUGCCAUAUCUUUACACGCUGCAGGGCUUGUAUCUGGUCUACCACCCCGUGCAGCUCUCCCAGCUCCACGCUCUGUCCGUGCUGCUGCUGGGCCUGGCUGGUUACUACAUCUUCCGCUCCACCAACCACCAAAAGGACCUGUUCCGCCGCACCGAGGGACAGUGCUCCAUCUGGGGUAACAAACCCAGUUACAUCGAGUGUUCCUACAAAUCAUCCGACGGAGAGAUCCACAAAAGCAAACUCCUCACCUCGGGAUUCUGGGGGGUGGCCCGGCAUUUGAACUACACAGGGGACUUGAUGGGGUCGCUGGCCUACUGCGCGGCCUGCGGAUUCGGGCACCUGCAUCCGUAUUUUUACAUUGUGUACAUGACAAUUCUGCUGGUGCACCGCUGCGUGAGGGACGAGCAUCGCUGCAGCAGUAAAUACGGAAAAGACUGGAAGAAAUACACGGAUGCGGUUUCCUAUCGCCUCAUUCCCGGAGUGUUUUAG